AUAUUUAACUCUAACUUGAUAGCUGGAAGCGAGGAAGUGUGGUUGCUAAUACGGAAACAGUUCCAACGCUACCAUAAAACUAAUUUCAAAGGAUUUAUAGCGACUCGCCUUUGUUACCGUGUACUCAUAUUAACUUUCUCCACAAUGUCCCGGCAAUCCAACCGCACAACAGACAGCAAGAAAAUGAAUUCCGAGCUGUUCACGCUGACCUACGGAGCCCUGGUCACACAACUAUGCAAAGACUACGAGAAUGAUGAGGAAGUCAACAAACAACUGGACAAGAUGGGUUACAACAUCGGCGUGCGUCUCAUCGAGGACUUCCUGGCACGCUCCAGCGUCGGCAGGUGUCAGGAUUUCCGAGAAACAGCCGAUGUCAUCGCUAAGGUGGCGUUUAAGACCUACCUCGGGGUCACCCCCAGCGUGACCAACUGGAGCCCGGCCGGAGACGAGUUCUCCCUCAUCCUGGAGAGCAACCCGCUGGUGGACUUUGUGGAGCUGCCCGAUAACCACAACACCCUCAUCUACUCCAACCUGUUGUGCGGCGUCCUCAGAGGAGCUCUGGAGAUGGUGCAGAUGGCUGUGGAUGUGAAAUUUGUUCAGGACACACUGAGGGGGGACAGCGUGACAGAAAUCCGCAUGAAGUUCAUCAAGAGGAUUGAAGAGAACCUCCCUGCAGGAGAUGAGUGACACAAUGACUCGAGUCAAAAUUCUGCCUCAUUAGCAACAAUUUUUAUUUUAAUUUUAUUUUUUGGGGGAAGAUGACACUUCGUUUACAGACUGGAAAAGACUAUUGCGAUUCAGACGACACUGAAUCCUCAACACAUUUGUGUGGCCCUGCUACAAAUGAUAAAAACAAUCCUGAGAGCUGAUCUGCAGCCAAGUGCGGAUCUGUCACUGUUGAGGGGGGCUGGCUUUUCCCCCACUGCUUUCUCUGAAACAUCCAACCAAAUUAUUAUUAUUUUUUUGUCUAUGUUGAGUCACUCAAUUGAAUGCUUUUCCUUUUUUUAAUGUCUAUAUUGGUGCCACUUGUCUGGCAUAUUAAAUUAAUGAUGUAUGUGCUAAUAAAUAUUUGAUUUCAA